GGCUUGUGAACAUUUAAACCAAAACACGAAAAGAAAAGAAGAACAAUAAACAAAGCCAUCAGUUUCGAGAUGGCAUCAAUGGGGCUACGGGGAAUAAUGUGCAUUCUUGUUCUAGGCUUUGUUCUUCUUGAUUUUCAAGUAUUGGCCAUCUUCGAUACUGAUCAUGCCAUGGAACAAGCUAAAGGGAUUGCCACCGGCAAUGUCGGCGCCGGUGUUAAAGCUUUCAAUGUCUUGGACUAUGGUGCCAAGGCUAACGGAAAGUCCCCUAGCUCCAUUAAUUUUAUUAGGGCAUUCAAAGAAGCGUGCAAUCAUCAAGGAAGGGCAAUGCUGGUGAUCCCGAAAGGCGAAUUCGUAGUAGGAUCGAUAUUAUUUUCCGGACCAUGCAGCUGUGAAGCUCCGCUGAUGGUUCAAGUCAGCGGAACAGUUCUUCCACAAAGUCAUACAAAGACAGCCGAAGGUGCAGAAUGGAUCACAUUUAGUAGCAUUGAUGGGUUGAUUUUAAGUGGGAAGGGUACUUUUAAUGGCCUAGGCGAAAAGUCAUGGAAGCACAAGUGCAAAGGAUGCGAUCGACUGCCUGCGAGCUUGAAGUUCAUCAAGGUGAACAAUGCAAUCGUCAAUGGCAUUCAAUCCGUCAACGCCAAAGGGUUCCAUAUGAUGAUCAGUAUUUGCGACAACCUCUGGAUUGAUGAUGUUACUAUAACAGCACCCGAUGAUAGCCCCAACACUGAUGGCAUUCACAUGAGCAAAACUAACAUGCUCAAAAUAACUAACAGUCGCAUCGGCACAGGUGACGAUUGCGUCUCCAUCAUCCAUGGAUCCACCAACAUCACUGUCGAGAACGUCGACUGUGGCCCUGGUCACGGUAUUAGUAUCGGUAGCCUUGGACACUACGAUUCCGAAGCAGAUGUUUUCGGGAUCACCGUGAGGAACUGCACGUUUACAGAUACAGACAAUGGUGUAAGAAUCAAAACUUACAAAUCCGAUAGUCCAAGCAGAGCUUCAGGCAUUAUCUACGAAGAUCUGGUAAUGAAAAACGUCAAGAACCCUAUCAUCAUAGAUCAAGAAUACGGACGGAGGGGAGACAGUCAGCAUUCGAAAGUGAGCAUCACCGACGUUCAAUUCUCAAACAUCAGAGGAACUUCUGCAAGCAAAGUUGCAGUGGAACUGAUUUGCAGCAAAGCCAAUCCAUGCAAAGGUGUUUCCCUUAAAAAUAUAAACUUGCAGUUCGCAGGUACAGGGCAGGCCACCAUUCCAUUCAGCUCUAACUGCACCAACGUCAAAGUUUCCUACUCCGGCACCCAGAGCCCUCCGCCCUGCCCUCCUUAAUUGCUUUUGUUUCUCAAAACAAGAAAAGUCCAU